UUUUACUUCGAAAAGAUUCAAAAAUGUUUGUCAAGCGUACGAAGAUGUUGAAUAAGUUUGGUGGUCAACUGACGGGAAGGUUUUUAGUUCGCUACUUGGUUGUAUUUAGUGUCACAUCGUUCGUUUUCGUUUUCACUUAUCAUUCGUACCGUAACAGCAUAUUAGAAGAUUUGCUGGUAAAAAAUCUUAUUGACGGUGCUCGUUCGACGGAUCUAGAAUGCCGUCCAACUGACAAGAUUGCCUUUAUGAAAACUCACAAAUGCGCCAGCUCUACCAUUGAAAACGUCUUAUUUAGACACGCCUUGAGGGACAAACUAAAUUUAGCUCUUCCAUCUGGAGGUAACUAUUUAUCCCGAGUCGAGCUGUUCCAUCGCAAUUCCGUGUUAAAUACAAAAUGGGGUCAUCUGCCAGUGAACGUUUUCACGCUGCACAACCGCUGGAAUUAUCAGGAAACAAUGGCGCUGAUGGGCAAACCAACAUUUACUUUCACCAUCAUCAGGGAUCCCGUUGACCAAUUCGAGUCGCUUUACGUUUACAUGGGGCUGAACAAAUUCUACGGGAAAGAUUUCAUCGAUUUCGUUCGAGCGUUGAAAAGUAACAAAUACAACGUGACCGACGUGAAUCGACGAGCGGUGGGUGGCCUAUUUGGGCGCAAUCAAAUCGCAUUUGAUUUGGGCAUGUCUCCGUCUGAAUUCGACAACAAGCCACGAAAAUUGAAAGAAUGGAUUGAACACUUGGACGACCAAUUCGAACUGGUCCUCAUUGCUGAAAGGCUGGAAGAGUCGUUAAUCCUUUUGGCCGAUUAUCUCUGCUGGCCUCUAGAAUAUGUUACGCACUUGGAGUUGAACGCGCGUAAACCUGAAAUGAAUGUGCGGCUGACACAAGACGAGCGUAAUAGCCUCGCAAAGUGGCUAAAUGUAGAUACAAUGCUAUACCGUCAUUUCAGAGAGCGUCUAGACAACCACAUCACUAAAUUCAACGAGCGCAACAAGCCCGAUUGGAUGGAAGAACAGAUCCGAACAUUGCGUCGGCUAAACAGUCAGAUCGUGGAACGUUGCGUCAUCGAGCGAGUCGGAAAUGAAAAACUGAAAGGAAAAUUCUUGGAAACGAGCAACACUAUAAUGGGAUACCUCAUUCACCAAAAUGUACCAGAAUGCGAAUUCUACGCCAUGAGCGAACCGGCUUAUCUCAACAUCUUUCGAGAAAGAAUGGCACAACUUGCUGCCGUCACACCAAGAAAUCACACAUUCACAAAGUUCUGGUGAUUAUUUUUAUUGGCAAGAAGAACAUCUUUAAUUAAAAACAUCACAUAUGUUAAUGCUAAAA